UGCAGUGAUGAGGAUGGUCGUUUCCGUGCGUACACUCGUGCUUCUCGUAUUGCUGGUGACCGUGCCGGGAGAUGACGCCUUCUUCCUAACCCUCUACCGAGACCAGCCGACCAGUAUGGCCUGCCGCUGGUACAACAUGCCAGCGUACGCGAACGCCAUCAAUGGGCAGUUUCCGUCGACUGGCGGCGGGCUGGUGAACAGCUACAACGGCGGUGCCAACGGCGCUGGAGGGCUUAGCUACCUUGCCGGCCUAGCCUCCAUGCUGACCCGGCUCUAUCCCGAUGCAUCGAUCCCCGUGCCCGGCGGUUCCUCACAAACGCGCCCCCGCGUGAUAGUGCGAGUCGACCAAACGGGACCGGCCGGGAACAGGAACCCAGCACAGGGAGUCCCCGGAGCUGGUGGGACCCAGGUGCCGGUCGCCGGUGGUACUACAAACCGUGAGUUAGACUAUGCCGACCCCGACUCGGGAUACUAUUACGAUGACGGGGACGGUUACGCCUACGAUGAUGAUUACAGUGAUACUACCUACGAUGGGAACUCUGAUACGUAUUAUGACGAGCCUGCAACGCCGCCUGUACGCCAGGCCGGCAACGUACUACAGGAGUGGUACGCGUCGUCGGCACCGACCGUUGACCCGUGCAGCGUUUGCCUGCUAAACAUGUUGAUGGGAUAAUAAACGA